AUGCUCACGUGCAUUGCACGCUCCAAACAAGCACCGGUGGACGACCGCCAAUUGCCGCCGGCCGAUCAGCAGCCGCCGCCGCCGGAGAAAUCCAGCUCUAAUGCUGCCCCGACCAAACACGCGAUUAAAGCCUUCUCGUCUCAGAUCAAGGACAUUGCGCUGAAGGCGUCGGGCGCGUACCGCCACUGCGCGCCGUGCGCGAGCCAGCCUCCGGCGGCGGCGGCGGCGGCGGGGCAGCUGAAGAGGAGCGGGAGCAUCGGCGGCGGCGGAGGGGAAUUGGAGACGGACAGGUUCCGGUGGUCGUACCGGCGGACGGGGAGCUCGAGCUCGAACUCGAGCUCGACGGCGGGGCGGAGGGAGCUGGAGGCGAGGCUGAAGGGGAUAUCGAGCGGCGAGGUGACGCCGGCGUCGGUGAGCGGGCGGCGGGCCGAUCCGGUGGUGUUCGUGGAGGAGAGCGAGCCCAAGGAGUGGGUGGCGCAGGUGGAGCCCGGGGUGCUAAUUACCUUUGUCCGGGAAAUGUUCAACAAAUGGCAAGCCCAAAAAUGGUGGGCCGAGAAUUGUGAAAAGGUUAUGGAGCUCUACAACGUCCAGCGCCUCAACCGCCAAGCCUUCCCACUCCCCACCACCCCAAAAUCCGAGGACGAAAACGGAUCCAAUAAAACCGAGUCCAUCCAAAACAGUCCCGUGACCCCUCCAUUGGGCCGUGAGCGCGGGUUGGGACGACCCUUUUACCGGCCCACCGGCAUGGGAAUACCGUGCUCGCCUUCCGACUCGUCUGACCAACUCUCGAUGCACUCGCGCUCGAAUUACGACUCGUAUGGGGUCGGCUCGACCCCGAAACUGUCGACCAUUAGUGCGGCGAAAACCGAGACGACUCUUUCGUCUGCAACGACAGGCUCGUCGAGAGAUGUCGACUACUGCUCAGGGGAGAUAUCUAUAAGCAACGCGAGUUAUUUGGAGACUGAGUGGGUCGAAGAGGACGAGCCGGGCGUGUAUAUUACCAUCCGGGCAUUGCCUGACGGUAGACGGGAACUCAGACGGGUUCGAUUCAGUCGGGAGAAAUUCGGGGAGAUGCAUGCAAGAGUGUGGUGGGAAGAGAAUCGAGCGAGAAUACAUAAACAAUACUUGUGAUUGAUUAAUUGGAGCACAACAUAGCUGGAAAGAGAACCUAAGUACGCUUCGUUUUUGUUGUUUGAGGACAUCUUUGCUACAAUACCUUAUUUACGGGCUUGUCGAAGUUGCUAUUUCUUGGAAACUAUAAAAAUCGAGACAGAGAAAAUGCAGGUGAUGCAAAGUGCACAUUACAUAUCAAAAGAAACAUUUUGUUUCUUCUUCUUCUUCAUCAUCUACUUUCUUGUAUUGCUUAGCUUUCACGAGAUGUUGUGAUAGUACGAGACUGUUGUCUGUUGGGUAUUUUUAACGUAUAUGAAUAUUUGGUGCAUAAUAUGGAGGUGAUCAGGGGGAAAAUUUGUCAUUUAAGAGUUGUUGGCUUUCCAGUUCCAAUGUUUUGGAUCGAUUGUACUGCAUUAAUGUGAGGAUAUUUUGGUUUUGCGGAGUGUUUUUCUUCAAAAUUUAUCAUAUGAACUCAAUGUAGAUAGAUAAAAUUAUGGCAAACCAAAUGGUG